AUGGCUGCGCUGCGGAGGCUUCUGUGGCCGCCGCCUCGGCUCACGUCUCCGCUCCCUCCGCACCAGCCCUUUCCUGGGCCUUGGGGGCGGCCUAUGGGGAUAGCACCGAGCCCUGCUGUCCGGCCUUUCUCCAGCCGAGAGGAGGAAGAGGAGGCUGUGGUUGAGGCGGCAUGGAGACGACGUCGGCGCUGGGGGGAGCUGAGCAUCGCGGCGGCGGCUGGCGGGGGUCUAGUGGGCCUGGUGUGCUAUCACCUGUACGGGGACCCCAGGGCUGAGUCCAAGCCGGAGCCGGGACGCCCUUCCGAAAUCUCGACGGGAGACCUAGAGGACCCGCCCCGUGGCCGGGGACUGCUCCCCAUCCCGGUGGCGGCUGCCAAGGAGACGGUUGCUAUGAGCAGACCAGACAUGGAAGACUUAGACCUCUAUGCAACAUCACGGGAGAAGCGAUUUCGUUUAUUUGCUUCUAUAGAAUGUGACGGGCAGUUGUUCAUGACUCCAUAUGAUUUUAUUUUGGCUGUUACAACAGAUGAACCCAAAUGUAAAAGAACAAACAAAUCUGUGUUGGAAGUAGAGUUAAAUCAAAUGCUUUCAGAAACACCACCAGUUUGGAAAGGAUCAUCGAAGCUAUUUCGAAAUCUUAAAGAAAGAGGUGUUAUUUCUUACACAGAGUAUCUUUUCCUUUUGUGUAUUUUAACAAAGCCGCAUGCAGGUUUUAGAAUAGCUUUCAACAUGUUUGACACAGAUGGCAAUGAGAUGGUGGAUAAAAAGGAAUUUAUGGUGCUUCAAGAGAUAUUCAGGAAAAAAAAUGAAAAGAGAGAAACUAAAGGAGAUGAAGAAAAACGUGCAAUGCUGCGUCUUCAACUUUAUGGAUACCAUUCUUCUACUAAUAGUGCACUUAAAACAGUUGGAGAGGAACUUGUCUCCAGAAGCUAUUGGGAUACACUGAGACGUAACACAAGCCAAGCACUCUUUUCAGACCUUGCAGAGCGUGCUGAUGACAUCACAUAUUUAGUAGCAGAUACUACACUUCUUGUACAUUUUUUUGGAAGGAAAGGCAAAGCUGAGCUCAACUUCGAAGACUUUUAUAAAUUCAUGGAUAACCUACAAACGGAAGUUCUAGAAAUAGAGUUCCUUUCAUACUCUAAUGGGAUGAGUACCAUCAGUGAAGAAGAUUUUGCUCAUAUUCUUUUGCGAUAUACAAAUGUGGAGAAUACAUCAAUAUAUUUAGAAAAUGUGCGCUACAGUAUACCUGAAGAAAAGGGCAUCACAUUUGAUGAAUUCAGGUCAUUUUUCCAGUUUUUGAACAACCUAGAAGAUUUUGCAAUAGCCUUGAAUAUGUAUAAUUUUGCAAGUCGUUCUAUAGGGCAAGAUGAAUUUAAGCGUGCCGUCUAUGUAGCCACUGGCCUCAAACUUUCACCACAUUUAGUGAACACUGUCUUCAAGAUUUUUGAUGUUGACAAAGAUGAUCAAUUAAGUUAUAAAGAAUUUAUUGGAAUUAUGAAAGACAGACUCCAUAGAGGAUUCCGGGGUUAUAAAGCAAUUCAGAAGUAUCCCACUUUCAAAUCCUGUUUGAAGAAGGAACUUCAUAGUAGAUAA